AUGCUAUCCCAGAUCGCCUCUAAUACAUUGGCUGUGUUGAGUCUCGUACCCGGUGGCACGCAAUUGGUUAGUAGUUUCCAUGCGAGACGAGAAGACUCCCGACGCAACGAGGAGCUGGAAAGAUGCCCUAUAAUUCAAGGGCCAGUGAGGCAGUCGGACGUGAGGGUUUCAAUACCGGGCGUGGAGCUUACAGAAGGUUGUUCUAAUCAACAGAUUAAAAGUCGUUUAUUCGCCCUACCGGCUGAGAUUCGCAAUCAAAUCAUGGUGGAAGCCUUUGGCCAGCGGACUCUACACAUGAGCCUGGAAUUGCAGCAUCCUUUCGCCCUUACCACUCAUAAGUCUUCGCAAAGGCGUCACACCCAUGCCGGAAUCCGGUACUUGAGGCCAGCUCUGAACUCUCACCUUAGGACAGACCUGCCCAAGAAGUGGACUUGGUUUGGGUGCGUUUGCCAUCAGUUCGCGGAACCCGAUGAGGGCGAGUUACCCGGUCGUCUCAGAUGUCUAGGAGUCACUGCAGAAUCUGACCCCGGAACGGAUUACUGCAUGGAGGGCCUGGGAUACUGCAAUACAUGGCCAGUGGCAUCACCAACAAAAUGCCAGGUCGGGAUUAUGGGUUGGUUGCUAGCAUGCCGCCAAUCAUAUCAAGAAGCAAUGCAUAUCCUUUACGGAACAAAUACCAUUCGCAUCGCAUCACCAGCCUUACACCAAAAUCUACAAAAGAUAUUUUCCAAGGCGACACUCUCAUUGUUAACAUCAUUAGACCUAGUAUGGGACCCGGAGCAGUUGUCUCUAGCUUCCGGUUUCGUUGGAGAAAACGAAGCCAACGUAUCACAUCAGACAAGACCGCCAGUUUUCCCCUCGAUGAUAAGGCUACACAUAUCCUUUCGGGGGGGGAACGACAUCCAAAGAGAUGAGGCCUUGGGAGUCGAUUGGAGAUACAGAAAUAAAGAACAGCUUUCACAAGCCCUGAACAACAAAGUGUUCCCUACGGUCGAUAGCCUUGUUCAACGUCUGGUACCGUCGACAUCAGAUGUGACCUUCCAAUGCCCAAACUGGACCUGGUACAAGCUCAUGGACUCAUUCUUAGUCGAGAAUCAGGGACUGAAAGCUACCAAACUCCAGCGAGGAGAUCUUGGAGGACUAAAAUGUUGGCGACAAACCACUGCUGAAUUAUUGGCUCCGUCAAUUUACUCUUGUGAGAUUCGGCAUUGUAGCGGGACAGAAGAGGCCGAAAAUUCUUCUGUUUCUGGAAUAUGGGUUCAUAUUGGUUCGAAAGAUAUUCAGCUAGGAAAUAACACGACCUAUGAUCAUGCACGCUGUAAAUUGUAUGGCCUUAGAGAAUUUGAGUUUUGCAGUUUCUAA